UCUCUCAUUGGCGCCACUUUUACAUAUUUAGAAACUCUACUCUGUCACUGUGAACCCCCCCCCCCUUCAGCUUCCUCUAUCUUUCGUUUAUUUACUUCCCCAACACGGUUUCUCCUUCUUCCUCUUCCCUUCAAACACUUUCUGCGUUCUCUUUCUCAUCUUCUUCUCAGAUGCUCAUUUUCGCUCGUUGCCUUCUCGGUGGAUCCUGGUGGACUCUAGAGGAUAAAAAAGAGAUCUUGCGUUGUGGGGUGUUUCUGAUUAUUGUUCGAAGAAACAGGAAAGAAAAGGGUCUUUUUUUUGUGUUGGUUUUGUUGUUUGAAAUGAAUGAGUAUACUGGACCAGCUCGUAGGACGCGAAGCAAAGGAGUCGAGGUUCGGGGUGGUUUGAUCAGGAGUCGGAAGAGGAGGAGAGUGGUGGAUUACGAUGAUGAUGAAUUGGUUUUCGUGAAAGAACUCAAGGGUGGAGGUGAAGGUGCGAGUGCGAAGAUUGAAAAAUCUAUGGAAAGGGGUUUUGAGUUUCUGGGAGAGAGUGAGGAUGAUGGUCCUUUUGAGGUUGUUGAAAUUGAUGAAGAUGAUGAUGAAGCUGAGGAAGAGGUGUAUGGGGAAUGUGAGCAGAAGAAGAAGAGGGUUGAGGUUAAGGUGGAAGAGAAGGAUGAAGGCCCUGAAGUGUUGUGUUACGUGGCUGCUGAGAAAGUUGCAAGCUUUGGUGGUGGUGACGAUGAUGAGUGCGGUUCUAGACCCGAGAACCCGGUUGUUAUGCUGUGUGUUUCAGAUGAUGGGGGUGGUCAGAGCGAGGAGGACCACGGCAGGGAUCGUAGUAGCGUGUCUUCUGAUGAUGGAUUUGGUUCGAGUUCGUCCUCUUCGAGCGAGGACGAUGAUUCAAGUGAUGAUGAUUUUAAGGUUGGUGUUGAGGAUGAAAGGGCUGAUGAUGAGGAAGACUAUUCAAGCAUUGAGGAGGAGAGUGAGAGUGAUGAUGAUUCCUCUUGUGAUGAUGAGAGGGGAGAGUUGUACAAGAAGUUUGUGAAGGAGAGGGUCAGAAAUCUGGUGAGUAAAUCCGGGAGCAGUGGAGUUAGUAGAAGAAAAGGUAAAGGGAAUCGGAGAAUGCAGGUGGAGGAGGAGGAGAUGGUUGAGAAAUGGAAUGGUGCUGAUUGUGCUAGUGUGACAUCUAGCAAAUCGUGUACUUGCAAGGAUGAAACAAGGCAGGCAGAAGUGAUAGAUGAUGCAGCAGAGAGAGGAGAAAGUGUCAAUGCUGCUGCUGAUGAGCUCUUUGCUAAUCAGGUUCCGAGACCGAGUCUGCCGUUAGCUGCUAGGGAGACAGUCCCUUUGAAUGGCAACUGCCAGAAGAAAAAACCUGUGGAAGCAGAAUCUGCGAAGGAGAUUGAUAUGCUAUGGAAUGAAUUGGAUAUUGCUCUUCAAGAAACUGAGGCAGGAGAUUCAACUAUGUUGAAGAAGAAGCGUUUGCCAUCAGGUGUGAGAAGUGUUUCUCCUUUGCCAAAAAGGCAAGAGAAGAUGGGAGAUUCAGCUAAAGUUGUUAUGAAGGAGGAUGAUGGAAAUGGUGACAAAAAUGGGCUCCAUGAAGUCCUAAGGAUGUCAAAUAGAUCAAAGAACAUAGGUUUUAAAUUCUUCACCGAAUGCUUUUGGGGAAAGCCUGAUUCUGACAAAGAUGAUCCAAUGGAGUUGGAAGAAAAGGAUGGUGUUGUUGUUCAGGGUCAGACUCAGCCAUUAGCUUGUGGGGUGGGAAUCCCUUUGACAUGGGACUUUCUGAAGAAGAACCCUGUUGAAAAAUCAGAGGCUGAGAAAGAGUUAGACAUGUUGUGGGCUGAAAUGGAGAUGUUGCUUCGAGCUGGAGAAAUUGGGAUCCAGGUUGAUGAAGCAAGAGCAAAGGAAGAAAAUCCAGCCUUGCAGUGCAAGCAUGACACUAUUUUUAAUGAGGAGAUUGGGGUAUACUGCAGAUGGUGUGGUUGGAUUGCCACUGAAAUCAAAUACAUCAUGCCACCAUUUGUGGAUUCCAAAAGAUCCGGUAGAGAGGCAUUUCCUGGUGCAUGGAAAACCUCACAGUUUGAUGGAGCUACGUUUGAUGAUUGUGGUGAUGACUCAGGGGCAGCUUGGUCUCACAAUGAAGGAACAGUUUGGGAUAUUAUUUCUGACAUUAAAAAAGGCUUGUUUCCUCAUCAACAAGAAGGGUUUGAGUUUAUUUGGACAAGUUUGGCAGGAACCACCAACCUUGCUGAGUUGAAGAGGGUUGACCCGGGUACUGAGGGUGGGUGCAUUAUUUCACAUGCUCCUGGAACAGGAAAGACAAAGUUGACCAUGGUGUUUCUUCAGACAUAUUUGCAACUGUUUCCCAAGUGUCUACCUGUUAUCAUUGCUCCUGCCAACAUACUUCUUACUUGGGAAGAUGAGUUGAGGAAGUGGAACAUAGGAAUUCCAUUCCAUAACCUGAACAAUGCUGAAUUGUCAGGAAAAGAAAAUGUAAUUAAUGAAUUUGGUUAUCAAGAGCUGAAUAAGGAUGCCAUAAGAAUGCUGAAGCUGUGUUCAUGGUACAAAGAGAAGAGCAUUCUGUUAAUCAGCUACAAUUUAUAUGAGAAGCUAGCUGGGGGAAAGUCUGAAGAUGAUGGGGAGAAAGAGAAGAAAAACAGAAAGAUUCGGAAAGAGAAGAAACGUGCAAGCAUUGAAACUGCGAUGGGAAAGGUUCUGCGAGACUAUCCUGGUUUAUUAGUUCUUGAUGAAGGGCACACACCGAGGAAUCAGCGUAGCUGUAUUUGGAAGGUUCUUUCAGAAAGUAGAAGUCAGAAGCGAAUCCUUCUUUCAGGGACUCCUUUCCAGAACAAUUUUCUGGAACUCUUCAAUAUUUUUUGCUUAAUGAAACCAUCCUUUUCUGACAACAUACCGCAAGAACUGAAGAAGUUUUGCCAAAGUAAACUGAUACAGGAAAGGAAAGCUUCAAAAGAUGUGAGUUGGGAGUCCAUUAAUUCUGGAAAUCCGGCUGACGAGAAAAUAAAACAGCUGAAAUUGCUGAUGAAUCCCUUUGUUCAUGUUCACAAAGGUAGCAUUCUUCAGAAGAACCUUCUUGGGUUACAAGAUUGUGUACUGAUUUUGAAGCCCGAAAUCUUGCAGCAAAAAAUUCUGGAUAGCAUUGAAUGUUCUCAAAAUGGACUCAAUUUUGAACACAAAUUGGCCUUGGUCUCUGUACACCCAUCCCUUUUCCUCAACUGCUCUCUCUCAAAAAAGGAAGAAUCUGUUAUUGACAUGGAUCAGUUAAAGAAGUGUAGAUUGGACUCUUAUGAAGGGGUCAAAACAAAAUUUUUGAUGGAAUUUGUGAAUUUAUGUGAUGCAGUUGAUGAGAAAGUCCUUGUUUUCAGCCAAUUUAUUGAUACCUUGAUCUUAAUUAAGGACCAACUCGAGUCAGCCUUCAAUUGGUCUGAGGGCAGAGAAGUGUUGUUUAUGCAUGGCAGGGUUGACCAAAAGCAAAAGCAGUCCCUAAUUCAUAGUUUCAAUGAUGCCAAUAGCCAAGCAAAGGUGUUGCUUGCUUCUAUAAAAGCAUCUUCUGAAGGAAUUAACUUAGUUGGAGCUUCAAGGGUCGUGCUUCUUGAUGUUGUUUGGAAUCCCUCGGUGGAAAGACAAGCUAUUUGCCGAGCAUAUAGACUUGGACAAAAGAAGGUUGUUUACACUUAUCAUCUUCUUGCACAAGGCACCCCUGAAUGCACCAAAUAUUGUAAACAAGCAGAAAAGAACCGGUUAUCUGAACUGGUUUUCUCAAAUAGAAAUGCUGAAAGUGAUAAGCUCAAGAGAAGUGGAGUAAUUGAGGAUAAAGUUCUUGAUGCCAUGGUUCAGCAUGAAAAACUCAAGGAUAUAUUUGGUGAAUGUCUGGUUCAACCAAAGGAGGGAGAUCAGGAGACUUUGUGCCCCUGAUGCUUUGUUUAAUGGAAUUUUCUAAAGAUAUAUCUGAUUGAUUCAUAGUUUUUUGUUUGACAGAAAAAUGUUCGUUGCACAAUUUAUUUAAUACAGAAACUUUUGAACGGCAACCACAAAUACGGCUAAUGGUUGAAUACAAAAGUUCUUUAAUUUAUUGGCUCCAUUUUUUGAUCAUGCCUGUGUCAUUAUGUUAGUUGCACAAUUUUAUUUCUAGAAUUUUCUAGUGUGAUCUCUGAAUUUUAUUUUUUGUUCUGUCUUGCCUUUAUAAACCAGAUAACUGUUGGAACAACUCUGGUCUCUGGAAAGCAAGAAACACCUUAAAUGCAAUUGUAAACCCAAUUUGUGGAUUUUGAACAAGUUUGGCCCAACUAGAAUGGUCAAAUUUUGUUGCUUGUGUGCUUGAAUAUGUUUACAUAGACUUAAUAGAGGGAGCAAGGAAAUGCAGCCAGGGUCAAGCAAAAGUUAAAGAAAUUAUUCACAAGAUUUUUUUUUUUUUUUGAUAAAUUUCUGUUGAGCUAACAUGGGUUGUUGCACGAGGAAGAGUGUGUUUUCCUUUACCUUCAAUCUAUCUGAAGCAACAUUGGUGGUUGAUUUGUUAUUUCUUAGAGACGCUCCAAACGUAAAGGUUCAUCUAUCUACUAAUUCAUUCAUCCCCGGCGGUAUGUGUUCUGCACUUCUGCUAGGCUUUUCCUUUUUUGUUUUUUUCUUGUCCUUCUGGGUUUGUGGUGAUGACUUUCUGGUUUUACUUUUUUCCAUUUCAUUAACUAUUUUCUGGUUCUUCUCGGCCAAGGUAAAUUUCAAUCUUCAUUUUCAUUCUUCUUCUUUAUGGAUGCCAAAACUCUGUUUUGCAGAUUCAAGGUGAAGUCCUUCUUUCUUUCCUUUUCUUAUUUGCUAUCCAGUUACUUAUCAGUUGAUGAAAAUGCUAAAAGUAACUGAAUCAUUUCUAAACAAUAUGCAGGCAAGAUCAACAAUGUAACUAUUGACAAAUGCACAAAGAUUGGAGGUGUAUUUGAGGUUUGGGAUCGGUCGAUGCCUACUUAAUAGAGCAAUUUUUUUUGUUGUUUUUGGACAUAUACUUGUGUGUGUAGUUUUUAUUUAUUUAUUUUGAGUACAAGAUAGGUCACCUUACAAUUACAAAAUUAUCAAGAAUUUUAAAUAGUAGCAUUGAAUGUAGAAAUAGAAAGAGGAUAGAAAAAAUGACACAUUGGUAGUCAAUUGCCACUUUCAAAUGAGGCUGUAUUCACCCUAUUGAUUUAUCUCGCAUAUAAUUGUGAGCACGGCUAUUAUAUUGGUGGUUGCUACAUCUUUCUUUUUUAUUAUUGUAGUUUUUCUCGUUUAGAUUUGCACAAUAUUUUCCUUUGGUUUUUUAUACUGACAUUUUUACUUGCUUUACCAGCAUUUUUAGACUACUGCAAUAUACCUUACAAAGUUUUGGAUGUCAACCCACUCAGAAAUUGAGUUGCAUUUGUUACUGGUAAUUUAGUGCUUUACAUGGAUUCAUGUUCUUCUUAAUCUCUGCAUUUGAGAUCAUUUCAUAGUAUUCAAAAGGACUGAGCUAGGCAUGGGAGACUGGAUUGCUUCUAGUGCCAAUAUGUUAUUAUGUAUGUGUCAGUUCCCGUAAAUCUUAAAUUUUAGUCUUGUCCAAUGACUUUUGAUCUAUGCAUGGGAGAGACUGGGUUGGGGUUCAUGGACAAAAUUCAUGAAGUUGUUCCUAUGGAUAAACAACCUGAACUACUUAAAAAGUUGUCGAAAGGAAACUUCACCUUGGGGUCCAUGGGCAAAAUUCAUGAAGUUUUCAGAACAUACUUAAAAUAGGUCCCAUCAGCCAGGUUACCUCCUUAUUAUGUUUGAAUUUACUAUACUCAAAACUUUACAUUUGAUGCACUAAACAAAUACUAAUGAUUGCUUGGUUACUAUGUAAUGAUGGGGUGCUCAAUUUUGUUUGUCAAUUUGCUGGUUUGUUUAUGUAGGUCUUUUUCUAUGCUACUACCAGCUUAAAAGAAGUUGCGUUUGAAUGAAAUUGUCAGCAAAUAGCAAUUCUGUCCUCAUUGGUCAAAAGGAAACAAAGCUUCAGAAGCUAAUGCAGUAAGAAGGGAUGGUAGAAAAAUCUAAGCUCCCUAAAAAGUCUAUAUUGACUGGCAGAGGUAGAAAGGCAGACAACUAAGCCAGCUGAAAUGUUAAAACCCCUGGCAGAAACCAAGAUCCAGAAGGGAAAGCAAACUCAGAUUACUACUAAUCAUCAUGAUGUAUGGUCAAAUUGUGUAGGUGCAAGUCACUCAAUGAUAAACCAAUUCACUCGAUGGCAUGGGGCUAGUGAUGAAACUCAUAACAUUCUCUUUGAUACUA